UAUUGCUGCUGGAGUGGGGGUGUUGGCAGUGCGUGACACGCGCCUUGGAGCGCGCUUCUGCCUGCCAGGGAAACAACUGGGCAGAUAAGGACUUUUCUGUUUGAGUACCAUCUUCGGAAAGCCACAGGAGAUUCAGGGUAACGUCAAGAGAGUAUGGUGCAUCCUUUCUAGGAAGACAGGCCUGUUCUAUGCUGUCGUCCUUUGAAGCACAGAGGAAAAUCUGCCUAAGGCUUUGCAUUAUUUUGUGGCACAGUAUGGAUUUGACAUCACAACAUAAUAAUCUACAAAAUGAACUGAUAAGAGAAUUGGAAAGACAAGAAGGGGAAAAAGAAGAUGAACAGGUAGUUGCAGAAAUCAUGAGAAGACGGUUUUUCCCUGCACUUAUAACUCAUAAUGCCUGGGAAGGCUUUAACUUUGCUGGCCACGAGAUAAGAAUUACAGAAGCCACUGAUUGUUACGGGGCAGUCGUCUGGCCAUCGGCUCUUGUUCUGUGUUAUUUUUUGGAAACUAAUUCUAAACAAUACAAUUUGGUUGACAAAAAUGUGAUUGAAAUUGGAGCUGGAACUGGGUUGGUCUCCAUAGUAGCCAGUUUACUGGGUGCACUUGUGACUGCCACUGAUUUGCCAGAACUGCUGGGAAAUCUUCAGCACAAUGUUCUGCAAAAUACAAAGCUGAAAUGCAAGAACCAGCCUCAUGUUAAGGAAUUGUCUUGGGGAAUUGAUUUGGAAAAGAACUUUCCUAGAUCUUCCUGUCACUUUGACUACAUUUUGGCUGCUGAUGUAGUUUACCACCAUCCCUUCCUGGAUGAACUCCUCCUAACUUUUGAUCACUUGUGCAAGAAUGACACUGUUAUUCUGUGGGCUAUGAGAUUUAGGUUGGACAAAGAGAACCAAUUUGUGGGCAGAUUUCAGACACUGUUUGACUUAGAGGUGAUUUCUAAUUUCCCCAGUUUGAAUAUAACAUUGUAUAAGGCAAUGAGGAAAGGCAGGAUGAAAGCCAGACCUUCCAAACUGAUGGUCUGAAAGAGAGAUACAGGGAGGUGACAAUUUCAGCUAGUUUGCAGCUUGUUCUCUUUGUAAUAUUUUCCAUGUUAGAAGCUGCUACCACCUGCAUGAAUGACAUUUUUAGAGACAGCUAAAACAAAACAUCAGAUUCUGAGUGCAUCCCUAAGAAAUUCCUCAAUUCAAUUUGUCAAUAGUUUUAUACACAGAAGAAAUGUAUCUUUGAUGUUUUCUUGACUUUUAUGUGCUAAACUGACAAUAGUUUUCAGAAUUCUUACCAUUAUUGUUAUUAUGGGUCGUGUAAUUAAUAUUUCCAAUAGCUUUCAAUUGCAGCUUUGAGUCUUAUAAGAUCAACUAAUCAUUUAAAACUUAAGAGUGUAAUAAAUAUUUGUAUUUAACAGUUGUGAUGUUAAAUCUGAUCUUUCCCCAUUCUGACUAUUGUGUAAAUCCUUCCUUUAAAUAGCCUUGACAGGACACUAAAUUAGCUGACCCCCCCCACCUGGGAAAUAUACUGUUAUAAUAAAGGGACAGAAAAUAUUAGUUACCCUUUGAUUUAAUGAUUAUGCUUUCUGACCCUUCCAUUUUUUUUAUUUAGAUUCAGGGAUUCUUCAACAGACAGCUGCACACAUGAGGCAAGAGGAAGUUAAAUGUUUUGUUGCUUGAACAGAGGUCUUGGAUAAGAAGAGUACAGCAUAUCACCAGCUGCCCUUUGUAAAGACCUUACAUUCUUGGAGGUUUGCUCCUCCAAAAAUAGACGGUUAUCUGGACCUCGGGGAACAACGAUGGAAAAAUUAUAGUGGCCAUCAAGAGAGGAGUUUUGUCCUGCCAGCUGGUGGUGACGGGAGGUAGAAAACUAAACCAGCCUGACAUGGUGCGGCUGAGGCAUGGGCAGGCUUAAAUUUUCUUUUUGUAGUAAGGGCAAACAAAAUACUUUUCUCCUAGCUGCUCAGUACUGCGUGUUCCUGUUUUCAGUGGUCAACUCAGUGUCCUUGAAAGACUAUCAGAAAACUUUGUUUUGGAAAGGUUAAAAAAAUGAUGCUUUCUGCACCCCAUAUUUUUGGUUUCUGUUUGUAAUUGAGUGUGAGAGACCUUCAAGUCCCUUCCAGGUUAGAGAAGAAAUGUGCUAAUGUCCAGGCAGAGCUUUACCACCUCUGCUGUAGCAGACAAUUUCUCUAGUAAUAUGAGAGUCCUAGAGGCUGUCAGUCUUUAUUUGUUUAGCUCCUAUUUGUAGUCUCUCCAGGAGUUUUUUAUAUAUUGUCAGAUUUGAACAUUUUUUUAUGAUAACUUCCAGAACAUACUAGUGUUUGUACCUCUUCCUGUGACAGAUGCAGGUUACUUACUUUGCUGCCUGGCACAAGUAUGGGACAGAACUACGAUAAAAAUGACUGGUAUAACUAGAAUGUACUCUUAUUCCCAGCCAAACAAUUGGGACAAAGGUGCCCAGAAUUAGAGAUGAAGUGUUGCAGAGAGGAGGGUUUAAGCUGCCAAGAAUUUCCAGUGGGAGCUGGGGUUCCCAUGUGUGAAAUGAGGUGGUAAAGAGAAUUUUGGGAGGAGGAUGGAUGAGGAUGUGGCAGGAGGGAUCUGGAGUUGGAGGGAGGAUUGCAGAGAAAAGGUAUCUGUAGGGAGAAGGUGCGAUGGUGAAAGAGAAAGAGAAGAAGUGGCAGCAGUGAGACUGACUUCGAAAAGGGUUAGGAUCCAUAGCACGAGGGUAGACCAUCUUUCUUGCUAACUGACUGUAAGAGAGGCAUCUUUGGUGAGCCACGGAGGAUGACUCUGUGAUUAUACCAGAGCAAUCAGUAUGUCUUAGCCCAGGACAACCAGAUGAGAAGAAAGGAAGCCAAGUACAUUGACUCUACUUUCUGGCAAUCCUGCUGGGAGAUCACAUGUGAGCUUUUGGCUUGGAGGUUAUUAAUGAAAAUGUAAUCCUCAUCUGUUAGUUUCCUGUGAGAAGAUUUGUAGGUAGAGGUAGCACCUUUUAUUGGAUCAAUCAGUAUAGCAAGAAAAUGAGACUCUGUGCCAGCUGGUAUGGAGUAUUACCUCUACUUAUGAAUGUCAUUAUGUUUAUGUCAGAUCAAUCCAGCUAUAGAAAAUCACAACUACAGAUUUUUUUUCCACACUGUUUAACUGAAGUAGUUCAGUUUUA